AUGGCUUUAAUCUCAAACCAUGAGGGAUCUUCAAAGAAAGUGCGAAAAAUUCUCAACAAUGAGGAUAGGAUCAGCAUAUUGUCAGACUCACUUCUUGUUCACGUUCUCUCUUUCCUACCGACAAAAUACGCAGUCGGAACCAGCAUACUGUCAUCAAGAUGGAAGCACCUCUGGGCUUCUGUUCCCACUCUGGACUUCAAUGACAACUUGAGAUUUAAAGAUAUACCUUAUUCGUAUGAGAAUUCUUCCAACUUCAUGAACUUUGUUGAUCGGGUACUUCUUCAUCAUGAUUUGUCCUAUGUUCAGAAGUUCCGUUUGAGUUGCGAAGGAAGUAAGGUUGAUGUCUCCAGGAUGUAUACAUGGAUAAGUGUAGCCGUAACACGUGGUGUUCAAGAACUUGAUUUACAGAUAGGGCCACCCGGUUUUGACCUACCGGAACGACUAUAUAGCUUCCCUUUAAGCCUCUUCACUUGUCCAACAUUGGUAGUCUUAAAACUGGGAAUUCUAGUACGGUUCAGUGUUCCUUGCUCAGUCCAUUUUAAAAGUCUCAAGGUCCUCCAUCUUUCAGUCUGGUUAAUGGGCAAUGACUUAAUGAAAAAUCUUUUUUGUAAUUGCCCUGUUCUUGAGGAACUGUUCAUCCAAGCAAUGGUUUCCUGUGAAGAAGAAGCUGCAUUAGGAGUCAUAUUAGAUGUCUCAACAUCAUCCCUGACGAGUUUUAAGAUGAUGGGGAAAAAAUUGUGCUCAAUGCACCAAUUCUCGAGUCUCAAAGAUGAUUACUUGUCUUACUAUGUUCUAAACAACCUAACCUCAUUGGUUAAAGCGGAUGUUAACAUUGGAGAGUGCUGUAUACAAACUAUGGAAAUUGAAGAGCGUUCUGAUUCGGUAUUUGAGGUUCUCAAACAAAUUUCUAGUGUCAAAUAUCUAUCUUUAGGCGCUAGUACCAUGGGGGUUCUCGACUACGCUAAGGAAUAUAAUGUGCCACGGUUCCCAAAUUUGAUUCGUCUGGAGCUGCAUGUUAAUACAUGCUAUGGCUGGAAACGUCUUCUAGACUUGCUCAAUAGCAUGCCUAACCUACUAUAUCUUGUUUUAGAGAAAUCAAAGAAUUGUAGCUCUAGACGUCACGUCAGUUUUGUUGAACAAGAAGUGGUGCCUUCUUGUCUGGUGAUGCAUCUUCAAGAAAUUAAAAUUAAUGGAUUUCAGGGGCUGAGUGAUGAGCUGAAGCUGAUUGAGUAUUUUUUGAGAAAUUCCAAAGUACUGCGUAAGAUGGAAAUUAAUAAUUUCAAUGCAGAAGAAAAGCAAGAGCGAGAGUUUCUCGACAAACUGCUAAUGUUUCCGAGGGGUUCAAUGACCUGCAAAAUAUUAAUCACCGGGAGGAAAAUUUUGCUCCAGCCUAGACAUCUAUACCACCACUCAUGGUGGAGCUCACACACUCGGACAUGAGAGUGCUAUUGCAUACUAUGGCAUCGGAAUAAGAAGAUUUAUUUAUUUUUUGUUAAUGUUAUAUUUGGGAGUACCGAAUCCAAAUCUAAAGUGUCAAACAUAGCACAAACAUUUUUUUUUCCGAACCUUUAACCUUCCUUUGAGAAGUAGGAGUCUCAUACGGUUAGGCCACUGGCCUGGUCUUAAACAUAUUCCUAAUGAGACAGUUAUUAAUUAUAAUUUCAUAAAUGUGGUCCAUGUUUGUAUGUU